AUGGAAACCUGUGCCAAGCAGUUAAGCUAUGAUAGCUGGACAUUUAUACCACGGCUGGAGCGGGUUAAAGAUGCUCUGACAAUAUUGGUUGGCAAUAAUGCAUGUCUUCACACUCCGAGUACUCCUAUCAUUGCAGCUGAGGGCUCAGUCCAAGUCACAAGUGGGCCAGAGGUCAUCAAUAUCGACAUUGAGAUGGUCUCUUCUCCUCCACCAUGCCCUGGAUAUCCUCUGACUAUAUCUGAGGACAUUCCUGGGAUUCAUGCCUACCCCAUCCUACUUCAUUCAAGAAAAACCCUUCCUUGGACAGUCAUGAUCUCAGACGAGUCGGUAGUUCUGGUAUCUAAAUCAUGUCAAAAGUCUGCCACAACCCGAACCAUCGGUGCUUACCCUACUCCCAACAAAAAACCAUUUUCUUGCAUCAGUUGUCAACAGCUACACACCAACACUACUGUCAUGGGAAUCAGACAUCGAGAAAUCAAUGGCGCACAUGAGAAUACUCCCUGGGCUUACCUUUCAACAGUCGGACUCCAUGCGGUUGCCACCCAGAAGAAUCAUGAAAUCAAUCUCUUGAAACUUCAAGCCCUCAACGUUGGUCGUAAACUGCUGGUUUGGAACCAGCAGAUUGAUGGAUGGAAGCGUCUUGCUAUUGCAAUCGGAAAAGAGGAUAUUCCAUGUAUUAGGGUGUUGAUGGCUGUCGAGAUGCACAACGGGUAUAGUGUCUUCUCGAUGAUCCAAAAGGUGGACCAAGCUGCGCAUCGGAUACAUAGCCCAAAGGAUUAUCAGGAAGCUGAUUUUGAACACGGAUAUCUAAUCCUGAAACUCGGUGGAUGUGCCGCUGCAGAGAUUGCUUCCUGA